AUGGCUUCCCAAGAUAUCUGGAUUUGGCAUGCUUUCUUCGACAUAGCCGGAUCUCACAACGACAUCGACGUGCUUCAACGGUCUCCGGUGUUUGUAAGGCUUGCAGAAGGCAACUUCCGGGAGGUCAAUGUUGAGAUCAAUGGCCACUACUACAAGAAACGACACUACCUAGCUGAUGGAGAGCAAAGGAAGAGAUUUGCCCAAGCACAAGAGAGUGCUAGGAAGGAUGUGGAGCGUGCUUUCGAUGUUCUUCAAUCUCAAUGGGGCAUCAUUCAGUAUCCCGCUAGAACUUGGAGCACCAAGAAGUUGUGGGAGGUGAUGACUGCUUGUGUGAUCAUGCACAAUAUGAUUGUAGAGGACGAGCAUCUGGAUGAAAUCUACGAUCAAGUGUUUCAGUUUCAGGGUGACAAUGUUGUGUCUGAGCAUGGAGGAGUGGCAACGUUUGCACAGUUCACCAAAUUUUAUCAUCAAAUGCGUGAUUGA